AAAACAAUAAACCAACCAUUAUUGAAUGCAAUAAUUUGGUUAGAAUGUAGAAGAUAGUUAUUGUUGUUAUUUUGAUAGUAAUAUUAAAAUAGUAAAAAAAAGAAUUAACGUUAAAAAUAAAUGUUAAAAAGUAUAGCGUUUUACAAAUUAAAUAUCUUUCUUCAAUAAAAUUAAUUUAGUAUAAUAAGUAAUGGAUAAAGAUCCAAUGAUUGAACUUUCUGAAUUUCAUAAUAAUUUAUAUAGCCCUAUAUCAGAUUCUAGAGAAAAUUUAAUAGAGAAACCACCAGAAAUUAAACCAAGAAAGAAGAAAUUAUUAAGUAUAAAUGAUAUUCAGUCUACAGGAUCUAGUUCCAGCAGUAGUGAGAGGAAUGGAUCAGAAUUGUCAUCAAUUAGCCAUGAUUCAUCACCAUUGUCACAAAGUUGGAAAAAAAUUAAAAAUAACACUGAUGUACGUAUGCCAAUACCUGUCCCUCGUCCGCGUUCAAAAUCUAGUAAAAAGUCUGCAAGUACUAAUGGAUCUAGUGAAAGAAGUAUAUCUGCUAUUAGUCCAAUAUCAAACAAGAGUAGUUUACAAAACAGUCGAUCAGUAACGCCAGAAAGUGUAUCCAUUGAAUUAAGUGAUAGUGACAUCACAGAUAAUUCAAGCAGAAUAGUGCCAUUAAAAGUUAAAAUGAAAGAAAACAGAGAAACAAAUGAAAUGGAGCUGUCAGCUGUAUUAAAUAAUGUUGCUAGUUUAAACAUGUUUAAUGAAGAAACAAGAAAUGAAAAUGAAAACAUUAAACUAGAAAUUUAUAUUCAUAAAACAGAUGCAUUAAAAGUUGAUACAAGAAUAAAACAUCCAAGUGUAAUAAUUUCUAUUAUCGAUACAACUACGUGGGAAUAUCUAAGAAUAAGCGAUGCAAAUAUAACAAAUCAAGAAAAAACUUAUAUUAAUCCAAUUUUAACAAAAGAAUUCGAUUUCAAAUUUCAUAAAACAAUAGUACCAAUCUGGGAUGAAAAACUGGUUUAUACUGAAGAUUUUAAACAUAUCAUAACAGAAAAUACAGUAAUAUUAUUUGAGAUUGUAGAUUUUACUGGAAGUAUUCGACCUCUAGUAACAAUGAAUGAUUGGCAUAGAAUAGCUUGGGCGUUUAUAAGACCAAUUGGAUCAAAUGGAAUUACAAAUACAGGAAAACAAAUAAGAUUACAAUUAUAUAAACCUGGGCCAAAGCCGAAGUCUUUUCACAAAAGUCAUCCAACGGCAAUGCAUUGGUUUAUAAAAGGAAUAUUAAAAAAAUAUCCAAGCACGCUUUAUAUUAGUUUGAAUAAAGUAAAAUACUCUGAGGCAACUGAAGUGGUAUCAGAACACAAUCAACAAGAAUUAAAAUCUAUUAACUCUAGUUCACCAAAUGAAAUUAAUUCUAAUUCAAUCAAUUCAAGUCAAGAAACGUUUCAAGAAUACGACAUUAAGUGGAAACGUUUUCCUGGUCAAAAAUGUAAAAUACCAAAUUCUGAAAUUGUGAAACUUCAACCAAACUUAGAAGGAUGUAUGUAUUUAAAAUUUAGUUAUGAUGGUUUAAGGCUAGCAGUUGCUACAGGAAAAAAUAUAAAUAUCUAUUCAGUACCCGGAUAUAAAUUGUUUAAACAGUUAAUUGGUCAUCAAGGUUUGGUAUAUACUUUAAGGUGGAGCAAUGAUAAUAAUAAUUUAUUAACAACUUCUUCUGAUUAUACUGCGUGUGUUUGGACACUGAAGAAUAACAAUCAAACAAACUUCCAAAUCCUUCCACAUCCGUCGUAUGUAUAUUGUGCUGAAUAUAAUAACACAGUUAUAAUAACUGGAUGUUAUGAUAGUAUAUUGCGAUUAUGGACUUCCACAUUUAAUAAAUGGACAUUGUGCCAAGAAAUGGAAUACCACAAAGGUUUCAUAUCAAGUAUUGCUCAAUUGGAAACUAUAGUACUUUCGUCCGAUAGCCAUGGGAUUAUUAUCGAAUGGGCGCUCGAAAAUUGUAGACUAGAACUAAAAAGAAUUAUAUCAGUACCUGAAAUACGACAAGUUAUAAUAAGUAAUAUAAUUUUACAUCCAGCCGGUAAACGACUUCUAAUUCAAACCAGAGAUAGUAUUUUACGUAUGAUGGAUUUACAUACGACGGCAAUCAUACAGUGGUUUAGGGGCGGUGUAAACAACAAAGUACAAACAGGAUGUGUAUUGAGCCCGUGUGGUAAUCUUGUGUUUGGCUGUGGCGAAGACGGACUGGUUAAUGUUUGGGAAGCGUAUACUGCUAAACAAUUGGCAUUUUAUACGAAUCGUCAAGAUUUAUCAGCUGCCACUAGUGGCGCAGUAGAUUACCAUCCACACGAUCAUAUGAUAGUAUUUGGGGUGUAUACUCAAAAUAAAAAUUCGCCCAUUUAUGUUGCUCAAUAUAAAAAAGAAAAUGAAACAGACAUUGGUUUGAGGUUUUUGAUUCCAAUAGAACAUAAACAAAAAGCUUUCGGGCAUAUUAAUCACCAGACAGCAGAAUAUGGAUAUUUAAAUACAUUAAAAUCAAAAGAACAUGAUAGUCAACGCAUGAUGCCACUAGUCAAUAUCAUUAAGAGAAUGGACAGUGUUUUAAAUUCAUUUAAGAUAAAAGAAUAACAAACAAUGUAUCCAUGAAAUAUGGCCAUGCACCAUUUCCGCCAACAUUUAAAAUGGCUGUUUUCGUUAUCACCCUUUCCCACCAAUUUAAAAAAGGUUUGAUUCCUGUUUUCGCCAAUAUACCUGCUAAACCUGCUUGGGUAAAAUUAAUAUACUUAUAUUCCAUAUACACUACGUAUAAUGCAUUUACACUGUAAAAUAUUAUGUUGAACGUUGCAUUAAAAAAGAAAAACGUGAUUAUUUUUUUAAGUUACUUAUAUUUUUAAAUUUUAAAUCAUGAAGAGUGGACUUGAAAUAACUGUACAUGGUUUAUAUAACAACGUUUAAUAUUCAAAAAUUAAAUAAAUAAUAAUAUUCAAAUAAAAAAAGUCACAAUAUAUAAUAUUUUAUUUCUGUUUGUUCAGCAUAUAGUUUUUAUUCAGAAUAAUAAUAAUGUCAUAUAUUAUAAAAAAUUAUAUGUAAGAACUGUGUUUGAUUUUAUACAGCCUGUGUUAAAUUUAAUUAGGUAAAAGAAAAAACAAAUUUUCUUUGAUUUUUAUUUGUAUUACAAUAUUUUGAUAAUUUACGAGUAGCAAGCAAAUUGACGGAAACGGAAAUCAAACAUUUUUUAAUAUUAGUGGAAACAGGGGAUUGCGGAAACAAGCAUUUGAAUUUUGACGGAAACGAGUAAUUGCCUGAAUUACUGCAGUAGCCAGUAAUACCAAAUUAAUAAAAAUAUAAUGGCCAAAACAUUUAUUCUUAUAGCAUGUAUACAAUAUUUUUGAUGUUGUUUUUUUAUUGAAAUGUUUAAUAUUAACAGAAAAUUGUUUGCAAAUCCAGUGUUUUAAUAAUUAAUACCUACCUAUCAACUUUGAACUUGAUAAAAAAAACCCUGUGA